UGGAGGGUCACCGCUCUCUGUCUGCAGUGUAGGAUUUGGAAUUUUCAGGGAUUACUUCGAAGACGGUCAAUUUUUUCGCUCUGUUAUUUCGACGGGGGAGCUGUGAUGUAUUCGCUGACAGUGAAACCCUUCGUACCUCAAUUAGUUUCUACUUCUACUUCGUCUUCAACAAUUCUUGUGUCCUUCCGAACUCGCUCAGCGUCAUCAGUCAACUUUCCGAGAAACUUGAGGCAUAAUGGAAGAUUGUUUUUGAGAGUUCAAGCAUAUAAUUCCUCCGAAAACGACACUUCCAACAAUUCAGGCGAUUCCAAGUCCUCCAAUGGCGCUCUGUCAAAGAGCAGGAGAGAGAUCUUGCUGGAGUACGUUAAGAAUGUGCAACCAGAAUUUAUGGAAUUAUUUUUGAAAAGAGCACCCCAACAGGUAGUGGAUGCAAUGAGGCAAACUGACAAUAUGAUUGGAACACUGCCCCCUCAAUUUUUUGCUGUAACAGUUACCACUGUGGCAGAGAAUCUUGCACAGCUCAUGUACAGUGUCAUGAUGACUGGAUACAUGUUCAGCAAUGCUCAAUAUCGUUUGGAGCUGCAAGAAAGUUUGGAACAGGUUGCUCUUCCUGAAGUAAAGGAUAAAAAGGAUAUGCCAGACUAUGCACCUGGUACCCAGAAAAAUGUUUCUGGUGAAGUAAUUCGGUGGAACAAUGUUUCUGGUCCUGAGACAAUGGAUGCUAAAAAGUACAUUGAAAUACUUGAAGCGGAAAUUGAGGAGCUGAAUCGUCAAGUUGGUAGACAAUCAAGUAAUACCCAAAAUGAAUUAUUGGAAUAUUUAAAAUCUCUCGAGCCUCAGAAUUUUAAGGAGUUGACUAGCAGUGCUGGCGAGGACGUUAUUCUUGCAAUGAAUACAUUUAUAAAGCGCUUGCUGGCCGUUUCAGAUCCUAGCCAAAUGAAGACUAGCGUGACUGAGGCAAGUGCACCUGAACUUGCAAAACUACUCUAUUGGUUGAUGGUGGUGGGGUAUAGCAUCCGCAAUAUAGAAGUUCGUUAUGACAUGGAACGAGUACUUGGUACUCCUCCGAAGCUGGCAGAAUUGCCGCCAGGUGAAAACGUUUAGGCAUCUUAAUAUUCUUGGAGCCAAACAACACAGUAAAGUUGUCGCCAAGCUCGAGCCCAAUGAAUGGCUUUUAGAUUUGCACUUCGCUAAAGGCUCAGGAUAUUCGCUAUGGAGGAAAGUGCUGGGUUUUUCUGGAGCCCUGAACAAUUGACCAUCUAUUUUAUUAGACGUUUCAUCGUUAAAAUUUUGUUUGAUCCUUCAGAGUUUAAUUAAUUAUUAUUGGUUAUCUCAAAUUUUUCAUGAAUAAUCAAAUAUGCAGGAAUGUCGUUAAAGCUGCUCAAACCUAUUGUUGUAAACCUAAUAUUUGUCAUGAGGAUUGGAUUUAUAUGCAUACGAAGAUAGUAAUCCGUUAGCUA